GGCCGCCGGAGAGAAAAGAGGGGAAGACGCUCUUCUCUCAUCCUCCCCUUCUGCGUCCAAUCUCGUCGAUACAAACCCUAAGCCCGUCGCGGGAGGAGCGAUUGAAGAAGACCCUAAGCGUCGAUGAUGGAUCUCUCUGAGCAGUCUCGCCGAUCCGUCCUCCCCAGCUUCCUCUACUCCCCCACCUCACCGACCUCCAGAACCCUCGGCCUGGAGCAGAUCCUUGGGAGGGCCACCCCCGCCUCGCCAGCCCCUCCCGCCUCGGCGCCCGGCGGGGGCGCUCCGACAGGCUCGUUUGUCAUCCAGGCGCCGAGCGAGCCCGGGAAGAUCGAGAUGUACUCGCCCAUGUUCUACGCCGCCUGCACCGCCGGUGGGAUUGCCAGCUGCGGCCUCACUCACACGGCCGUCACUCCGCUCGACCUCGUUAAGUGCAACAUGCAGAUCGACCCAGCAAAGUACAAGAGCAUCUCUUCUGGUUUUGGUGUUUUGCUUAAAGAACAAGGGUUCAGAGGUUUCUUCAGGGGCUGGGUGCCUACACUGCUUGGAUACAGUGCCCAGGGGGCAUGCAAGUUUGGGUUCUACGAGUACUUCAAGAAGUACUAUUCAGAUAUUGCUGGGCCUGAAUUUGCUGCAAAGUAUAAGACUCUUAUCUAUCUUGCGGGGUCAGCAUCUGCUGAAGUGAUUGCUGAUGUAGCUCUCUGCCCCUUUGAGGCAGUGAAGGUGCGAGUACAGACACAACCAGGGUUUGCUAGGGGGUUGAGCGAUGGGUUACCUAGGUUCGUCAAAUCUGAAGGUGCUCUGGGAUUGUACAAGGGAAUUGUUCCUCUCUGGGGGCGUCAGAUUCCUUAUACUAUGAUGAAAUUUGCUUCAUUUGAGACUGUUGUUGAGAUGGUUUACAAAUAUGCAAUUCCAACACCAAAGGACCAAUGUAGCAAACAACUCCAGUUGGGAGUGAGUUUUGCUGGUGGUUAUAUUGCUGGAGUAUUCUGUGCUAUUGUUUCCCACCCGGCUGACAACCUUGUCUCUUUUCUUAACAAUGCUAAGGGUGCCACUGUUGGUGAUGCUGUGAAGAAACUUGGGGUGUGGGGUCUGUUUACACGUGGGCUUCCACUGCGUAUCGUCAUGAUUGGCACACUUACUGGAGCACAGUGGGGAAUUUAUGAUGCUUUCAAAGUGAUGGUUGGCCUUCCUACAACUGGUGGAGUUGCCCCUGCCGCUGCUUCCUCUCCAGAGCUUGCUGAGCUGAAAUCUGCUGCUUGAUAUAUGUUUCUGAAAUUAAUCCACUUCAUACGGAAGUGUAAUUCUUUAAAAGAACAACCCUUUGCUUGCUUUUGAUUUUCCAUCUCUUAGCCUGAGAAAUUUAAACAUGUUAAGGUGGCUUUUCAAAUCAUAGCCAAAGCAAGGAUUAGUGAGAAAUAAGAUGGAGCACGAGGUCUUUGUAACCUUGACCUGCGAAGAGUUGCUAGAACAGGUGAUGUUUACUUCCAUUUCCCAACCUUUGUAAUCUGUUUUCGUUAUAAGGUUUGCUAAGCAAAUAUGUUUCUCAUGUAUUUAGCAA